AUGGGUGGACGGGGCCCGGGGGCGGUUGACAAGCUGGAUCUCGCCAAGGCGAGAGUCGGUUCGGGACGAGGAGUCGCGUGUAGGAAUCUCUUGAGUCAUGCGCAGGCGAUAAGUGAAGUGAAUGGUGGCAUUGAGCAGCUGGGCGCCACCAAGGUGGGAGUUGCUGAGAUUCGAAUCGCAUGUGUGAUUCCUGUCCUACACCAACGCCUUGUGACUCCUUCAUAUCUGCCUCUACCCGCUCCUCCGCUUUCCCCGCUUUUCCACCCUUCUUUCCCGCUCUCCCCUCCCCCAACCUCCCCCCCCCCCUCCCUCCCCCCUCUCCCCCCUCCCCGACCAAUCUGCACCGCACCUGCUUCUCCUAGACCCACGUCUGCCCCACUGCAUGGAGUUGGGACCCCACAACGCGGGCACACUGUUCAUCCAGGCCCAAGCACUCGUGCCCGCAUUCUGCUCCUCCUCGGGGCCGCUUCGCCUGGACGCCGCAAGCACCACGGGCAGCGCAGUGCCCAGCGCAGAUUCAACAGUAGCGGCAGCGGUGUGGUGCUGCACUGGGCAGCUUGUGUGACAUUCAUCCUUGUUGACCUUGAUGACCCCAUUCAUCCUCUGCAUAAACCAGCUGUCCCCAUCUCAG